GAUGUUAGAAAGGGAAAAGGUGUGAGAAUCCAAGUAAAGAGCUUCCUUUACUGUUUCUUGAGAUUUACUAGCCCUUGGAGCGGUGCUCGCUCUUUCACCAUGAGUGCGAUCCUUUCAGCGGACGAUUUGAAUGACUUCAUAUCACCAGGGGUAGCAUGUAUAAAGCCGGUCGAAACACUGCCGGCCAAGUCUGAACGGGACGAGUCUGCCUACGAAGUGACCACAGAAGACAAAGUCGCCGCCGAAAACCCCUCACCCGCGCAGAUAUCCUUGACCGACUGCCUAGCUUGCUCUGGAUGCGUAACUUCUGCGGAGGCUGUCCUGAUCUCCCUACAAUCUCAUGCUGAAGUGCUGAACACCCUAGAUGCAUAUCCUGAGCUUCGAGUAGACGGUUUUCGGAACGGAGUCCAAAAUGGCGCCACAGGAGAUGCGCGGAUCUUCGUGGCGAGUGUCAGCCCUCAGGUGCGCGCGAGCAUGGCGGCCACGUAUGGAGUGUCGGAGAAAGAGGCAGGUUAUAUGAUUGAACAGUUUCUUUCCGGGCCGCAGGGUCUGAGAGCUGGUGGACAACAUGGUAGUGGUUUUACAUGGGUUGUGGAUACAAACGUGAUACGGGAUGUUGUCCUGGAGCUCACCACGGAUGAAGUCACCGCGUCACGGGCGAAGUUUGACUCUACUGCUACCUCGGAGUCUGCAGAGUUCCCCAUUCCGCGUCAACCGAUUCUGUCGUCCGCCUGCCCGGGCUGGAUCUGCUACGCUGAAAAGACCCAUCCACACGUCCUCCCGCACCUCUCCCGUUUAAAAUCACCUCAGGCUUUGACUGGAACGUUCAUCAAGACCAUACUCAGCAAAAGGCUUAAUGUACCUCCUUCCAGGAUAUGGCAUCUGGCAAUCAUGCCUUGUUUCGACAAGAAGCUCGAGGCCAGCCGGCAAGAAUUAACAGAUGCCUCCUGGCAAACAACCAACCACGACAUUUUCGCUUCCCCUGCAAUGGAUCAGCCCAUUCGCGAUGUCGACUGUGUGAUAACCUCAAGAGAGCUCCUGAUGCUCGCUUCAUCACGGAACAUCUCUCUCCUAACCCUACCUCUAACACCUCUCCCAUCCUCGUUCACGACACCCUUCCCGGAUCCCCGAAUUGCACAGUUUCUUUUUCCCAAGCAUCACGCCUCCAACCAAUCUGUCUCCUCCGGUCCUUCAGGUGGCUAUCUCCAUCACCUCCUAACAACCCAUCAAGCCCUCCACCCCAACAGCACUAUCCAAGCCCAACGUGGCCGCAAUGCUGACGUGAUCGACUACACCCUCGUCUCCGCAGAAACCGGACGACCCAUCAUAAAGGCAGCCCGGUAUUACGGCUUCAGAAACAUCCAGAACCUCGUCCGCAAGCUAAAACCGGCCAAAACAUCUCGAUUACCCGGCGCAAGGGCAGCAGUCAGCCGCAGGACCGGGAUAUCCGCUUCACAUACGGCCGCGGGAGGAGGGGUCAGCGAUUACGCAUAUAUCGAAGUAAUGGCCUGUCCCGGCGGCUGCACCAACGGCGGAGGCCAAAUUCGCGUCGAAGAUGCAAGGGAUACUGCAACCAUUGCCACCAGCAGCAUCGAUGGUUCCGCACCGACCGCCCAAACAUCUCAGCACAAGCCCACGCCUCAAGAACAGCGAGCCUGGCUGGCCCGCGUCGACGAGGUGUAUUACUCUGCAGAUUCAGAUUCUCAUCCCCCCUCUUCCCCUUCCACCAGUCUCGGUGAUGAAAUGGAAAUUGACCGCCCUCUUGAACCCGAGUCUCGAUCACAAUCUGUCCAUGCGAUUCUCCAGUAUUGGUCCGAUAUGACAGGCAUUCCCCUGCCGAAAUUGGUGUAUACUACGUUCCGCAAAGUGGAGAGCGAUGUUGGAAAGAGUAAAAAUGGCGCUGCCGAUACAGCACGUGUUGCUGAGUUGGCAGGGAAAAUUGGGGGAGGUUGGUGA